CGGCCCGGCGGGGCGCGGCGCUCCCUCGGCGGGCGGGGCAGGGCCGGGGCAGGGCCGGGGCAGGGCCGCAGCCCUCCCGUCCCCUCCCGGCGUCCCUGCGCCUCGCCGGCCGGCGCCCGGGAGCGGCGCGGGGCAGCCAUGGGGCACCCGCCGCUGGAGUUCAGCGACUGCUACCUGGACAGCCCCGACUUCCGAGAGCGCCUCAAGUGCUACGAGCAGGAGCUGGAGCGCACCAACAAGUUCAUCAAGGACGUGAUCAAGGACGGCAACGCGCUCAUCACCGCCAUCAGGAGUUACUCAUCGGCAGUGCAGAAAUUCUCCCAGACUUUGCAGUCCUUUCAGUUUGACUUUAUUGGAGACACCCUAACAGAUGACGAGAUUAAUAUUGCCGAGUCCUUCAAGGAGUUCGCAGAGUUGCUCCAGGAGGUAGAGCUUGAGAGAUCGAUGAUGGUACAAAAUGCUAGUGAUUUGCUGAUAAAACCCUUGGAAAAUUUUCGGAAGGAGCAAAUAGGGUUCACCAAGGAAAGGAAGAAGAAGUUUGAGAAGGAUGGUGAGAAGUUUUAUUCCAUGCUGGAUCGCCAUUUGCAUUUGUCUUCUAAGAAGAAGGAGUCCCAGUUACAGGAGGCUGACCUUCAGGUUGACAAAGAGAGGCACAAUUUCUUUGAGUCAUCCCUUGAGUAUGUGUACCAGAUCCAGGAAGUACAAGAAAGCAAGAAAUUCAGUAUUGUUGAACCGGUGCUGGCUUUUCUCCACAGCCUCUUCACUUACAACAACCUGACAGUUGAGCUCACACAGGAUUUCCUCCCUUACAAACAGCAGCUUCAGCUCAGCCUGCAGAAUACAAGGAAUCACUUUUCCAGCACACGGGAGGAGCUGGAAGACCUCAAGAAAAGGAUGAAGGAAGCCCCCCUAACGUGCAAGCUACCAGGGCAGCCGACCAUCGAGGGCUAUCUGUACACUCAGGAGAAAUGGGCGCUGGGCAUCUCCUGGGUGAAGUAUUACUGCCAAUACGAAAAGGAGGCAAAAACCUUAAGGAUGACCCCCAUGGACCAGAAGCCUGGAGCUAAGCAGAGCACCUUGGAUCUGACGCUGAAGUCCUGUGUAAGGAGAAAGACUGACUCCAUAGACAAAAGGUUUUGUUUUGACAUUGAAACUAAUGAGAGGUCUGGGACCAUCACGCUGCAAGCGCUCUCAGAAGCUAAUCGAAGGCUGUGGAUGGAAGCCAUGGACGGAAAAGAACCAAUCUACCACAGUCCCAUCACGAAGCAGGAAGAAAUGGAGUUGAACGAGGUCGGCUUCAAGUUUGUGCGGAAGUGCAUCAACGCAGUAGAAACGAAAGAGAACAUGGGUCAAAAGAGCAGAAAUAACACGUUAUUUGGAAUAUUGUCAUACCAAGUUCCAGGGAUCUCUACAGAGGGCGUCUACCGAACGGUUGGCAGCAAUAUUCAGGUGCAGAAGUUGCUGAAUGCCUUUUUUGAUCCAAAAUGUCCAGGGGAUGUAGAUCUCCAAAGCAGCGACUGGGACAUCAAGACGAUUACCAGCUCGCUGAAGUUUUAUCUCAGGAACCUGUCUGAACCUGUCAUGACGUACAAGCUCCACAAAGAGUUGGUCCUGGCUGCCAAAUCUGAGAACCUGGACUACAGGCUGGGAGCCAUUCACGCUCUGGUCUAUAAACUACCUGACAAGAACAGAGAGAUGUUAGAGCUCCUCAUACGACACCUAGUCAAUGUAUGUGAGCACAGCCGGGAGAAUCUGAUGUCACCAUCUAACAUGGGGGUGAUAUUUGGACCUACCCUCAUGCGAGCACAGGAGGACACCGUGGCAGCAAUGAUGAACAUCAAGUUCCAGAACAUAGUAGUUGAGAUCCUCAUCGAGCACUUCGGGAAGAUCUACUCGGGCCCCCCAGAAGACAGCACUGCCCCACCAGUGCCUCCUCCCAGGGUGGCUGCCCGGAGGCACAAGCCCAUCACCAUUUCCAAGCGUCCUCUGAGGGAAAGACCUGUCUUUUUUGGGGCUUCUGUGGAAGAAAGUGGAGCGGACCGCUACGGCCAGACCCCCAACGGCAGCAUCAGCACGGAGGCCCCCAAGCCGCUGCUCCGCAGCCGCCUGCCCGCGCCCCGGCCGGGGGGGGACGAGCCAGCGCGGCCCCCCGCCGAGAUGGACCUGGGGAAACCGGUGGCCAGGCUGCAGGACGGAGGAGCCAAGCUGGCCGGCAAGGCUGCCAAUGGCGUGGUGGCCAGCCCUGCCCUGAGGACCCCCACGCUCCACGCCAGGAGACCCGCGCCCCGGCCGGGCGUCUGCGGCAGAGAGGGCGAGUUUGACGGUGUCCCGAAGCCUCGGUCCCACGGCGAUAAGCCCGUGAUAAUGCGCCCCCCGGUGAGACCCCCAGACCCACCGUGCAGGACUCCCGUCCCUCAGAAGCUGGAGCAGAGGCCGGACCUGAUAGCAGGAACAGCAGAGGAAAUGCCUUCCUCCGUUGUGGCCUCCAGGACAAAGUUCUUUGAGACAGCUUCCCGAAGAACGAGCAAUUCUUCAUCACCACAAGGCAGGAUCCCAGGUGAUGAGAGCUGAGACUAAAGACUUUGUAACCAUCUCAGCCCAGCUAGACCCAGAAGAUUUUCUGUGAUUGUGAAAUGGACGUGGCACAGCUGAGACUUUUCCAGUUCAGAUGACCUGGAGAGCAGCUAUCUUACCGGACGAUAAUUUCAGAGCGCGCUGUUAUAAGUGGCUCAAGAAAUUAGAAGAGAGGGAGAUAAAAAUGGAGAGAAGACCCUACCUACACGAUUGUUCUGAACUGUUCCCAGUCCUUCUGCCAUUCCUCUCCACACAGGCUGUGAAGGAUCUCGUUGGGUGCCUCUGCAGGGGACCAGACACAUUUGCAGUGCUGGGUGAGCAGCGACAAGGGCAGCACUGGGCAGGGGCCAUCCGACGGGCUGCGGAAGGGACAGCGGAGGACAGGAGCCGUGUUUACCUGCUUGCUUUUGGGAAAUGUGACUUGGCAAGGGUGGUGACCUCGGACAGAUGUCGCAGUCAAAGCGUGAGGGGCUGAUUCCCAGUGCUUGGAUGCAAGGGAAGAAUGACUGGAAGCUGUGUUGCCCCCUUGCCGUGAGAAGCUCCUUCCCAUAUGCUACGUUUUCCUCGCUCACUAAGCUGUAGUGUGUUUUUCUGUGUGUAGGAGGGCAGUGUAUAUUACUGGAAACACCGCUUGUGCUAAGGCAGGCAGGACAGGGACCGGGGGCCAUUGUGCUCGGCUCUGUGGGAAGCCUGGUCCCGCGGCUGGCCGUCAGCAUGCCCCUGGCAGGCAGGGCAGGGCAGUGCAGCCAGCGUGGGGCUUUCGCGGGCAGCCUCCCACGAGCGUGGCUGGGAGCCGCAGGAGACGCACGGCCCUGCUCCUCCAGUCCCAUCUCCCCCCAGAGCUGCUUCCCACGGACCUGCCGAGGAGCCUCUGCCCUGUGGUUAUCCUGCUGGGCCAGCCCGGAGGUGGUGAGGGACUGAAACUCACGGAAUAUGGGUCAAAGCCCAGCAUUUUUCUAAGAGGGACCCAGUUUCUUAUUUGCUUGUUACAUUAAUUUUCACUCCAAGAGAUUUCCGUUCUCUUUUCCUCAGCAGCAGUAUUGUAGAUGAUGCCCUUUGGUCCGGAGGGGGAUGUGUUUCUCCAGGCCGGGCCCGCUCCUAGUACCUGUGUAGAGGCUUCUUUGUGGUUCCAGUCAACAGCAGGGCUCGGUUCCGGAGCCAUAGUGUUUACCUGUAGAUAGGCAAUGAGCACUUCCCUGCUUUCUGUGACCAGCCCAAAGGCAGCUUCCCUGUUUUCAGUGAUUUUUCUUGGGUGCUGGGAGCAUUCCCAAAACAGUGGCCAAACAUUCCCCGUCAGCUGCUUCCCAGGUGCUCCAUCCUCUUGAACCUUGUGCGGGUUUGCCGGGGGGAUGCUGCAGCAGUCCUUUCUGUGCUGUCUCCUGGUGCUUGCCUUCUGUGUGCACCUAGCACCUGGCUGCUUUAUUCCUGAAUGUAAUUCUGGCGCUCACUGGACACUCCAGUCCCGUCUCAAUGGUGCUUCCGCUCCCUCGGGCUUCGGCUGUGCCCCAGCUGCUCGCUCCUGUACUCGUACUCUGAACAGUGGCAUGUAAAAGUGGCUUUAAAAAAAAAAGUACUAUCACCACCUAGGCUGUAUUACGUACACCAGCAUCUCAGGGCUUCUCUAAGCUGAGGUGAGUCGAGUCCUCUCUGCUGCACCCUCUCAUGAGCAGGCAGGAGGUGCGAGCAGUAUCAAAGCAGAGCACAUUGCGUUGUCAUGGUCAGGUAACUGAGAGAACGACUGAGAUGUAGCUGCAAACUGGUGAGUUUAAAGGUGGGAGAGAGGGGGUGCUCUGACUGAGCCCAGGGUUGCUGCAGUAGCUGGGGAGCCAUUCCCACCAGAACCCAGCCCAGCUGCGGCCGGAGGAGCCGCCUGCCCGCCCCGAGUCUCCUGCUGCAGGAGCACUCUUCGGGGACGGGACCUCAUCACCCAGCGUUGUCACACCGGUGGCUCCUCCACAGAAGGCCCCCAUUUCCAAAAACACCUUCUGAUGUGAGAGGUGUGCUUCGAGGACCCUUUGCAGCGGUACGUUUUCAGGAGAGCGAGGCACCGGGACUUCCACCAAAAGGAGCAGGGAGGGCUGAUGCAUGGCACCCUCCGUACGGCACCUAAAUCUUAACAGCACCCAAGCUGCUGGGCGUUUGCAGUGGUGACCGCUCAACGUCCCGCCCCUGCCCCGCGGUGCUGCUUGCUGCUCCUGAACACAGCCAGCCUCAUGUUUGCUCCCUGGCGCGGAUGCCUGUGGGCUUACGUUUGAGUCAGAAGAAACAAAGCCGAGAGGGUCUGGUUGUGAAGCCUGACAUUGUAAACAAUGGAAGGAAGCAGCUUAUUAAAAACUUGCUUCAUGGUGUCCUUUUAAAUUUGUUUGUCGCAUGUGCCUGUGCCGGCCUUUUUCUCCUCCGUUAGCACAGCUGAGCGCCGGGGACACGCUGCUGUGCCGCCAGGUGGGCGAGGGGCACAGCCCCGGUGCAGCCAGGAGCACAGGGAUGCACUGCGAGGAGCGGCAGGCCCCGGGACGUCAGCCAUCAGAGCCAUUUUGUCAUGUAAAAGCAUAGAUUACUUAGAGUGUUCAUAAAGUUUCCAUGAAGUUAAAAUAAAAAAAGUCCAAGCGUG